AGAGAGAGAGAGAGAGAGAGAGAGAGAGAAAGGUGAUGUGAUCAAGAGCAUUCACUAUAUUCAGAAGGUAUAUUUAAUUAACACUCUGUUGAUCAUAUUCAUAUGCCCCCAAAGUCUUUUCCUCUAAAAUUAAUUUUGAUGAGUAUGUGGAUUGCUGUAAAUAUGUAUGUCGAGAGGAUAUAGUUGUGUGGGGAGGUAAGUCAAAACUAUUAUGCGUUCUAAGAGAGAAGAACAAGAACCAGUAGAAGACGAACAAGAAGAAGAAGGUGAUCAUCAUCAAGAUUUGCAAAAUAUUCAAGGAUUUCAAGAAUACCCAUCAAUCAUUCAACAGAUUCAAGAUCAAAAUAUGGGUAUCAAUGAUUAUUCAUAUUCGGCAUCAUCAGAAGUCUCUCCGAUCUUGCACUCACAACAGCAGCCUUGGAUUCUACCUCAAGUGUUUCAACACCACAACUCCAGCUACACUCCGGAUCUUACCUUUCCUUCCGGAGACCAUGGCACAUAUCUCUUCCCUCCACCGCCACCACCUCCGCCGUCAUCUUAUGGUGGUUUGAUUCAUAGGAGGGUACCUAGUGGCUUGCAAUUUGCAUACGAGGGUAGUACAUCAGCUUCAUCAGACCACCACCUAAGGCUCAUAUCCGAGACACUGGGCCAGAUGGUUCAGCCUGGGUCUAUGCCGUUUGGGCUCCAAGCUGAAAUGGGUAAGAUGACAUCUCAAGAGAUCAUGGACGCUAAAGCUUUAGCAGCUUCGAAGAGCCACAGUGAAGCUGAAAGACGACGUCGAGAGCGCAUCAAUAAUCAUCUUGCCAAACUUCGAAGCUUACUACCCAGUACCACCAAAACGGACAAGGCUUCGUUGUUAGCUGAAGUGAUACAGCAUGUGAAAGAGCUAAAGCGUCAGACGUCCAUAAUAGCCGAACAAAGUCCAGUCCCUACAGAAACCGAUGAGUUGACCAUCGACAACACGUCUGACGAAGAUGGCAAUAUAGUCAUCAGAGCAUCAUUAUGCUGUGACGACCGAUCGGAUCUUUUACCGGACCUCAUUAAAACCCUAAAAGCUCUUCGUCUAAGAACCCUAAAAGCUGAGAUCACAACGCUUGGAGGGCGUGUGAAGAACGUCUUGUUUAUUACUGGAGAUCAAGAUUCGACUAGCAACAAUGAUAGCGUCAAUUACUCAAUAGGCAUGAUCCAAGAAGCAUUCAAAGCGGUGAUGGAGAAAACAAACGGCGAUCAUGAAUCUUCUUCUGGCAGUGUUAAAAGACAAAGGACAAACAACAUUAAUGUUCUUGAUCCUCGUAGGACAUGAUGAUCUGUCUGAAACUUUAAGGCUUACAACUUUAAGAAUUUCUGUUGUUUCACCCCUUGAGAUCUUGGGUUGAAGUCUUUUGUUUGCACUUUUAGUGUGUUUACUUGCUUCUUUUGCUGUUUUUAUUUCGGGUCUUUUGUUUGGUCGAUGGGUAUGCUUGAUGUGUUGUUGAACUUGUGUUAAUGGAGAAAAGAUAACAAGCAGUGUCC